CAGUAAACAGGCCCAAUCUUCCAACAUCCAACUUCCAACCAAUGCGUAUCUUCCAACGUUCCAUAACCACCACAAAUUUCAACCGAACUCGCAGUCAUCGGACACGUUAUCUAUCGCACAGCAAACAAAAUGGUCCUCCCACUCUCCGAUGCUUCAAAACACUCCGAUGCUUAUCCGUGGCAUCAUCUCCACUCCUCUUCCCUCCUCUCUCCGCCUCACAACCCCUACUCCCCGCCCCAAAAACGUCGUCGUCUUAGCUCAAACCCCGACCAGUACGACUCCUAUCCCAACCAACCACUCCAUCUCCGACCAAGCCCUCGAAUCCCGGGGCUUCGUACUCCGCCGCACCAUCGACGACCUCAACCUCGACCACCUCAACACCGUGUUCGUGGCCGUCGGUUUCCCGAAGCGGGAUCCGCAGAAGAUAAGGCUGGCACUGGAGAACACGGACUCCCUGCUGUGGGUCGAGUACAAGAAGACGCAGAGGCCGGUGGCGUUCGCACGGGCGACGGGCGACGGCGUGUUCAACGCCAUAAUAUGGGACGUGGUGGUGGACCCUUCGUUCCAAGGGAUUGGGUUGGGGAAGGCUGUCAUGGAGAGGUUGUUGGAAGACCUGCUAUCAAGAGGGAUCUGUAACAUAGCAUUGUAUUCGGAGCCUCGAGUUCUCGGGUUCUAUAGGCCCUUGGGAUUUGUGUCGGAUCCUGAUGGGAUCCGGGGAAUGGUGUACUCCACAAAGCACAAAAAGAAGAAGAAAUAGAGAGUUUUAUUUUUUCGACAA